AAACUUGCCCUGCAGUGGUCAUAAGGACCUAUCUGAUGUCCAGUGGUACCUACAACCUCAAAAUGGAGAUCCAUUACGGGAAAUAACUAACAACUCUGCUCAUAUCAUCCAGAAGAGCACCCUACACUUUUUGACAACAGGAAUACAUAAUGCUGGGUCAUAUAUCUGUAGACCCAGGAUUAGACCUUGUUAACUCUCCUAGGAGCCCUCUGGGUGAGGCCUGUUGUGUCAAGACCAUCUUAGAAGUUAAGCCUAAGACAAAUCUAUCCUGUAUGCCAAAUAACUCUGUACCACACGAGCAAUACCUUCUUCUUGGUAGCACUGACUAUAUUCGUUGCCCUACUUUCAACUGCCAAAGUGAUGCACAAAGUCGACAGGUGACCUGGUACCAGAAUGGAAAUCCACUCCUUAAAGAAAGGAGCAACUCAAUCCUAGUGGAUGAAGUUUACGAAGAACAGGAUGGCACGUACAUAUGUGAUUACACUGAAUCGGUUAACUCAAGUUCAUGGACAGUCAGAGCUGUUGUUCAAGUGACAACCAUUGUGAAAGACACUAAUCACAAACCAGAUAUCCUGGAUCCCAUCAAGGACACGCUGGAAGUAGAACUUGGAAAGCCUUUAACUCUUAACUGCACGGCACGAUUUGGCUACCAAAAGAACUUUACGCCUGUCAUAAAAUGGUACAUUAAAGAUUCUGACCAGGAGUGGGAAUUCCCAACGUCUGAGGAGAUUGGUGUUAAAUCCACUAAAAAGGAUAAAGUCAUUUCCCGUGUUAUCCACUUGAAAGGAGUUACUCAGAGGGAGCUUCGCAGGAAGUUCAUUUGCUUUGCCCAGAACUCCAUCGGAAACACUACCCAGUCCAUCCAACUGAAAGAAAAGAAAGGAGUGGUGUUCACAUACAUCCUACUUGGCACCGUCAUGACCCUGGCAGGCGUGCUGACGGCAGCUGCUCUGCUCUACACGUACUGGAUUGAAAUAGUCCUGCUGUACCGAACCUACCAGAGCAAGGAUGAGACACUCGGGGAUAGAAAGGUAUUUGAUGCUUUUGUAUCCUAUGCGAAAUGGAGCUCUUCUGAGAGUGAGGCCAGUUCAUCUCUGAGUGAGGAAUACCUGGCUCUGAAUCUAUUCCCCGAAGUUUUGGAAAACAAAUACGGAUACAACUUGUGUUUGCUCGAAAGAGAUGUGGCCCCGGGAGGAGUGUAUGCCGAAGACAUUGUAAACAUGAUUAAGAAAAGUCGAAGAGGAAUCUUUAUCUUGAGCCCCAACUAUGUCAAUGGACCCAGUAUCUUUGAACUACAAGCCGCGGUGAAUCUAGCCUUGGAUGACCAAAGACUGAAGCUAAUUUUAAUUAAGUUCUGCUCCUUCCAAGAGCCAGAGUCUCUACCUCAUAUUGUGAAAAGAGCUCUCCGGGUUUUGCCCACAGUCACUUGGAGAAACUCAAAAUCAGUCCCUCCCAAUUCCAGGUUCUGGAAGCAGAUGCGCUACCAUAUGCCAGUGAAAAACUCGAAAGGAUUCAGGCGGAACCAUCUCAGAAGUAUCCCCGAAGUUUUUCACUUGAAAUGACUCAGUAAAGCAGAAACCACUGGGAGGAGCUCCCAGCCUAGGGAACGGUGAAGCGGACCCUGAGCCGCCUCCUCCCCGUCCCUGGUGAGUGGAGAUGUGGAUGGGUCCACACCGGUGGAGCUGAUACAAGACGGGGAAGUGUUUUGUCGACUCUGAGCAAGGCUGGAAGGCCCUGGAAUGACCCCGAGGCUCUGGGUAGAGCCUCUGCACAGAGGGAGAGUGAGUUCUCCAGAUUCUUGCUCACAUUCAGGGCACGGCGCCCCUCAGACUUUUCAAGCGGUCUGAGCAGAAUUCGCAGAAACAGUCACUUUUGCUUUGCAGUAUCGGCUACCACGUCUGCUAUUUAUUAUACAUAUAAAUAUAUAUAUAUUUGCAAUCAAAUAAAUAUUAUUUUUUUCGAAGUGACUGAUUUAAACUUUGCUUAAAGCUUCUCUGUAAGAAAACAGCAACAACAAACCAUUCUCCGUGUUCACCCAUUAACUCUGGAGCACAGAAAGUAAGUGGGAAAGGCAGAAACUGUGGGGGGGGGUGGACAAGGGGCAGACAGGGCCACCGUCAGUCUCUACUCUGUCCUUGCGGGAAGUGCCCCCUCUGAGCAGAUGAAAUAGAAGAGAGCCCUUCCUGUGGCGGGCAGGGAGGGUAGUUCUGUGGCAGACACAAGGCUAGGGGAGCAGAGGAGGGCUAACUUCAGCUCCUUCUUGUCCCCUUGGCCAUUGGGCAGGGCAUGAAGCACACAGCCUUGCUCUGGGCCACUGCAAGAAGGGACAAAGUAGGUCAUAAUGAUCAGGCUAAUGAGGAGACAAGGAAUGGCGUAGCACUUACUUACAAAGUAGAAAGACAGUGGUAAGAGUUAGCAGCCAAGGGACGAGUCUGGGAAGUAAACGUUUACAUGGGUUAAAAGACAACAAGAAUGGAGCUUGAACAGAGCUUUGGUCUGAGCCAUUUGGCCGUCGAGGCUGGCACUCCUCGUAUGUGCUUCCCGGCCUACUGAUCUCAGCUGAGUCCUAAGUAACUAACAGGGUGAUAUGCGAGCGUAUCCUGUAGUUGUCCCUGAUAGACAAGCGGAUCUCAUUCUUGUAAGCGUGUUCUCCUAUGGAGUGUUCAGUCUGUAAUUACAGCAGUGCUCUGGUCCUAGAGGACUUUGUAAAAGCUUCACACUCUGCCAUCCCUGUCUGAAUGGAAAGAUUCCUCUGAGCAAGAAAGACAAGCAACUUCUGGACUCAUUCAAAUGUAAUGUGUCACAUUCACUGGUAUGAGCGCCAUCCAAGCUCAGAGUGGCAAAAAGGCCUCGUCAUCGGGCUACCGCUUGGAGCCUGUAUGAAAUGCUCCUGAGUGGUUUUUUCCGCAGAGGCUCCCACAUCAGAAAAACCACUGCAGCUUUGGCACCAAGCGAUGUCCUUGUUGGGAAUUUCAGUGAUGAAGUUAAAGAUGAGUUAAAAGGUAUAAAUUAUUCCUGGAGGAAGUUUCUUGUGGGAAGGCUCAUUGUAGGGUCUCAGUGGGGAGGCAUCCGCACUGCCAUCGUGCCCUUGUGCCAUGGUGGUGGCCGGAGCCCCUGCUUUUCCUGCCAGCUGCUCUCUGAGCUCGAAGACUCAGAAACCUCUUGGGGCUGGUCGACCCAGGUUUAUUUUGUUCUAAAAUAAGUUUUGCUAAAACUGAUCUAUCCAGCGGUCCAGAGUUUUGUUCUUAGCUUAACAGAAACUCACACUGAGGCUCAGGCUUGUACGUACUCAGAAAAGGGGGCUUGGGGAGGGCCUAGCUAAGCCAACAUGUACAGAUAUACUCUUUCCAGGUCGGCGGAUACACUGAAGAUGACAAAUGAGCAUCAGGGACAAAGCUGAUUUACGCUUCUUACAUGCCAAUCUACUAAACAAAGCGGGCAACUGAAAAAAAAUAUUCUCGAUCUAGGAAGUCUCCGAUAUAUGGUGAUUGAACAGUUGAGCUCAGUGGAGUACAAUGAGAAAAGAGUAUAAUUUUCCCACUCCACUUUCUAAAUAAGGUGACCAUAUGUUCUGGUUUUCUGGUCUACACCUGUUGUCCAACUAUAAUAUCUCUCUCUGAAAACAUGCCCUAGUGUGGCUGAUGGUCGCUCUGCCUCUAACACACGCUGGAAAGUACUCCUUACUAACCCUGGAUGAUAUCUCAGGCAAAUCGCAUAGCCACCCUGGGGUCUUCUGGUGUUUAAUACCUACAUUUUCUAUCUCUAUUAUUUCCAGAUUGCAGUUCCAGGUAAGACGGAGUAAGUAUAUACCACCCUAUCUCUCCCACUCAUUACAGCUAUGAAAUCUAAACAAAAUACUUAGAGAAUCAGUUUGAGGAUUUUGGAAGGUAAAUCAAAGCAGAAUGAUUGGAGAGGACAGGAAUUCAAAGUUUCAUGAUUUUAUUUUCCUCCAAUAUCCCUUGGCUUGGACUUAACGUAGUCUGAAUGGGUUUCAAGUGGAUGUUGGUAAUGACAGAGGGUUCCAGAAGAAGCCCUCCUGUUUCACCUUGAAGACUGGGAAAGGAGUUUCCUAACACUCUUAUAUAUAUAUUUUUUCCUUUCUAUGUUCUUUUACUUCCUGGCCACUAUGCAAUUCUGCAAAAGCAGAGGCAAGAGGGCCUCAGAGCCUACCUCUCCGUGAAAGGGGAAUUGUCCGCUUUGAUACAAGAAACUGUGGUCCCUAGAGAGCAUGGCAAACCACUUUUGAUUGGUUUUGCUUUUGUUUUUGGUUUUGUUUUGUUUUUUUUUGUUUUGUUUUGUUUUUUGGGGUCUCUCUGUCCUCUUACCAUUUAGGUGUGGGGUUAGAAACAACUGGGGAAGUGCACUGUAGGCAGAGUGCACUCUAGCCAGAGAACCGCAAA